AACUGCCUGGCUGUCUCUCUCCGUUGCUGUCCCCUCAGCCCUCCACACUCUAAGCUCCCGCACGCGUGGGGGACCUUUCUGGACUAGAGGCCAGGUAGGACUCAGCUCAGUGGCCAUGGGCAAGCAGAACAGCAAGCUUCGGCCCGAGAUGCUGCAAGACCUGCGGGAGAACACGGAGUUCUCGGAGCUGGAGCUGCAGGAGUGGUACAAGGGCUUCCUCAAGGACUGCCCCACGGGCAUCCUCAACGUGGACGAAUUCAAGAAGAUCUACGCCAACUUCUUCCCGUAUGGUGACGCCUCCAAGUUCGCUGAGCACGUCUUCCGCACCUUCGACACCAACAGCGAUGGCACCAUUGACUUCCGGGAGUUCAUCAUCGCGCUGAGUGUGACCUCGCGUGGCCGCCUGGAGCAGAAGCUCAUGUGGGCCUUCAGCAUGUACGACCUGGACGGCAACGGCUACAUCAGCCGCGAGGAGAUGCUCGAGAUUGUGCAGGCCAUUUACAAGAUGGUUUCGUCGGUGAUGAAGAUGCCGGAGGACGAGUCGACCCCGGAGAAGAGGACGGAGAAAAUCUUCCGCCAAAUGGACACGAAUAACGACGGCAAGCUGUCCCUGGAGGAGUUCAUCCGCGGAGCCAAGAGCGACCCGUCCAUCGUGCGCCUGCUGCAGUGCGACCCCAGCAGCGCCUCCCAGUUCUGAGCGAGGAGCCAGGUCCC